AUGGAGUGCUCAUUCGGUAUCACAGGCAAAGACUAUGUCAUCCUCGCCUCAGACAUGGGCGCAGGCCGUUCCAUCGUCCGCAUGAAGUCGGACGAGAACAAGAUCAAGGCCCUCGGCCCCCACCUCGCCAUGGCCUACGGCGGUGAACCAGGAGACACCAACAACUUUGCCGAGUUUGUCGAGCGCAACAUGCGUCUGUACAACAUCCGACACCACUUCCCCCUUCUCCCCCACCCUGCUUCAGCAUGGAUUCGCCGCACACUGGCUGAAUCCAUCCGCUCCCGUAAGCCCUACGCCGUCAACCUUCUCCUCGGUGGUUUCGACACCACCACCUCCAAACCCCACCUCUACUGGAUCGACUAUCUCGGUACCAAGGCUGUCGUCCCCUACGCCGCGCACGGUAUGGGUGUCUACGUCAGUCUGAGUACUAUGGACAAGUGGUGGAAUGAGGAUAUGGACCAGAGAGAAGGUGUGGAGGUGCUGAGAAAGUGUAUUGAUGAGACUGAGAAGCGUCUUACGAUCAAAUUCGACUUUAACGUCAUUCUCAUUGACAAGGAUGGUAUCCACCACGUCGACCUUUCCAAAGAAGAUCCCAUUGCCAACAUUGAAGCCAACCCUAAGGACACCCAGGUGGAUGCUCCCCGUCCUCCCAUAGAAGUUGGUGUCACUGUUUGA